AUGUAUCGGACGCACCUGGAUUAUAUCAACGGAUUACUAUCUGUCUAUCUAUCUAUCUAUCUAUCUAUCUAUCUAUCUAUCUUGUUCAUUAUCUAUCUAUCUAUCUAUCUAUCUCAGUCUUGUUCAUUAUCUAUCUAUCUAUCUAUCUAUCUAUCUAUCUAUCUAUCUAAAAUUAAAACCCUGUUCAUAGCUCACCUCCCUUUCUCUGUAUUUGUUUAUCCUUCUCUCUUCCUCCUCCUCUCUCUCUCUCUAUCUGAGACUGUUCAUAUCUCCCUCUCUCGCUAUCUCAGUCUGUUCCUAUCACCACCUCUCUCACUCUCAAUUUCUCUGGAUCUAUCUAUCUAUCUAUCUAUCUAUCUAUCUAUCUAUCUAUCUAUCUAUCUAUCUAUCUAUCUAUCUGUUCAUAUCUAUCUAUCUAUCUAUCUAUCUAUCUAUCUAUCUAUCUAUCUAUCUAUCUAUCUAUCAGUUUGCUUUCUCUCUCCCUGUUUCUCUCUCUCUGUCCCUCCCUCUCUCUCUCAGCCUGUCCCUCCCUAUGUAUCACAGUCUGUUCCUAUCUAUCUAUCUAUCUAUCUAUCUAUCUAUCUAUCUAUAUUCAUCCACCAGUUAUUAUCUCAUAUUUCUCUAUUAAACGUAUUAUAUUUGACUAAUCUCUCUCUUUCUCUUUCUCUCACUCUCUCUCUCUCUUUCUCUUAUGAUUUAUUUUUUUGA